GUAUUUUAAGAUUUAUCGAUUUUCUAAUUACUCGAAAAGUAAAAAAUUUACUUGAUCACACAGAUAUCUCACAGAGUGAUUUUGUAAUUAUUUUGUAAAUUUAUAUAUAAUAUUAUACGAUAUAAUGUGUUGGGAGAAGAAUGUUGCAAGCGCGGAAUGAUGAGUCACUUGUGAAUGCUGUGUACGUUUUCUACGAUGCUACAGUUUUUUUAAACGUAAUUUCGAAGACAUAGAUUAAGAUAAUAUGCUGUAUCAUGAGUGUGAUAAUUCUUGUAACAUUUUUCAAAAAAUGUUGACAGAGAAUUCCUCUUUCUGAGUGAUUCUAGAAAUGAUUUAAAUAAAGAAUGUUAUGUACAUAUGCUAUGUUGAAUACAAUGGAUAAGUAUGUGAAUUUGUUAGUUACGACGAAUUUAUUCUAUAUUCGUGCAUUCGACACGAAUAGGAUGUUGUAAAACAUUGUUAAUAAACAAUCUCGGAACAAAUGUGAGACGUACAGAUUAUUUCGCAUCGUGAGAAACUAGGUCAAGCUGUCCGACCCUUGAUUACGAGUUUCUGCUAAUUCUUAAGUACGCAUAGCAUCUGUAGUGCGUCUGAUAAGGGCCCGCAUAUUAUCAAGGCAAACAAUGAAUCUAGGACGUCAUGUAUACGAUGGUUGCUUCCCAAAUAACUCACAUUUCAUGUAUGUAAAUUAAAUACCCAUAUCCCGUUACACACUCCUCUCGUGCUAUAAUACUGGAAAAACACAGCGCCUAUAAAAAGUCAAGUGGCUGAGUCGGAGAACACAUUCCGUGUGUUAUUCUACAACGAAGUUGAGGCGGCACCCUUUGAACUACCAUCGCAGAAACAGAGAAUCAUUAUGUGGAAGAUAAUAGUGUUGUGCGCGAUCGUGAGCCUGGCAGCUGGCCAGAAGGCUCUUUACAACAACUACAAAGUCUUCAGAAUGAUCCCGACCACAAAGACGCAACUCGAAAUUCUGCAUGAAAUGGAAAAUGUUAAUGAUGGAGCUUUCUCCUUCUGGGAUUCUCCAAGUAUCGUAAACAAACACGUAGACUUAAUGGUCGCCCCGCACAAGUUGCCUGAAUUCUACGAGAAGAUGUCAGAGAGCGAUAUACCCUAUCAGAUGCACAUCGACGAUGUCCAGAAGUUGAUUGAUGAAACAACUCCUAAGACUCAGACUCGGUCAAAAUCGUUUGAUUUCACCAGUUAUCACACCCUCAACGACAUUUACAAGAAACUGGAUGACCUAGCCAAGCAGUAUCCCGACAAAGUGCAGACUGUCGUGGCUGGCAAAUCGUACGAAGGGCGCGAGAUCAAAGGUGUCAAGGUUUCCUUUAAAGCUGACAAUCCCGGAAUUUUCAUCGAGAGCGGCAUUCACGCCAGGGAAUGGAUCUCACCGGCAAUCAACAUGUACAUCUUGCAUCAAUUGAUGACCAGUAACAAUACAGAUGUCAGAGAGCUAGCUGACAGUCACGAUUGGUACAUCUUUCCCUCGUUCAAUCCCGAUGGAUAUGUGUACACACAUACUACGGAUCGACUUUGGAGAAAGACGCGUAAGCCAUACAGUUUCUUCUGCAAGGGCAGCGAUCCCAACAGAAACUGGGGCUACAAAUGGAACACUGGAGGUUCCAGCAGAAACCCAUGUGCUGAAACUUAUGCCGGCAGUGCACCCUUCUCCUGCAUAGAAACAAAGAGCCUAUCCGAAUAUCUCAAGUCUCUCUCUGUUUCUAAAAAAAUUGGCGCUUAUAUAUCAUUCCACAGCUAUUCGCAAUUAUUGUUGUGGCCAUACGGUCACACAAGGGAUCAUCUUGAUAACUACGACGAUUUGUACGCCAUCGGCAAAAAAUCGAUUACAGCUCUCAAACAGAGAUACGGAACUUCGUAUAAAAUCGGAAAUAUUGCUGAGGCAAUCUACAUAGCUACUGGAAGUAGUAUGGAUUAUGUCAAAGGCACUUUUGGUAUACCUAUCACCUACACCUACGAGUUGCGUGAUACAGGUCGUUACGGCUUUUUGUUGCCUCCUGAACAAAUUAUCCCGACUGGAGAAGAGACUAUAGACUCACUCGUAGCAAUGUUUAAAGAGGCAAAGGCGCGUGGAUAUUAAUAAAAUAUUUAAAAUUAACGUAAUUAAUUUAUUGUAAAUACUUUAUUAUUUCGAUGUAUGAUAAUUUGAUUUUAUUUGACAAAGUACGAAUCCCGCUUUCCCAUUCUACUUUGUAAUCUAACAGCAACAAUAAAUUUUAGUAAUAUA